GCCCGACAGUCGGCAUCGGCAGUACCGCGCCGCCAGUCGAGAGCGCAGCACGUAUUUUCUGUAACAAUCAAACACGUUUUCCCUACGCCGCGAAAAAUACGAUCGAUAACACAAAUCCGCGUGGAAAACAAAAAACCGUAAAUUUCUAUAAUCGAAUUUGCGUGCGGUCACAACACUAUCAAUCGAUUCAGAAGUGUCGAUUGAGAUAUCGAUACUUCGCGUGAUACCGGCGUCAACAAUGUAGCCAUAGUGACAGAAACUGUUGACGAAUUUGACAGGCAUUCAAGUAAACCGUCGUAAAAAUUGUAAUACGCUAAUCUUACAAUGUUCACUUUGUAAAUAAUGUUAAAAGUUAAAACGUUAUUUUUUGUUAUCGAAGUGCGUUGUUAAAAAACUGUUUUGGUGAUAAAUUUAUUGCGUCUACAAAAAUGGGGAAUGGAAUGAAUAAGGUGUUACCGGGGCUGUACGUAGGCAACUAUAGAGACUCCAAGGACCCUUUACAAUUGGACAAAUACAAAAUAACUCACAUCCUCUCCAUACACGACGCUGCCAGGAGAAUACACGCUGACAAACACUACCUCUGCAUAAUGGCGUCCGACUCGCCCGAUCAGAACUUGACGCAGUAUUUCAGUUUGUGCAACGAUUUCAUACACGCCGCGAGACUGCGAGACGGCAACGUUUUGAUACAUUGUCUGGCGGGCAUGUCUCGGAGCGUGACAGUGGCGGUGGCGUACAUAAUGUCAGUCACGCCUCUGAACUGGCGGGAAGCGCUGAAGGUGGUGCGGGCAGGCCGCGCCGUCGCCAACCCCAACCUUGGCUUCCAGAGGCAGCUGCAGGACUUCGAAACGUACAAGCUUGUUGAGGAAAGGAGACGUCUAAAAGAGCGUUACCCGUCGCUCGCGCUGACUGACAGCGACAUGGCGGAGUGUCGCGUGAUGCUGGACUCGUACCAGACCAUGCUCAACCAGCGGACCAUCUGCGAGGGCAAGUGCGCCAUGGGUCGCCAGUGCCCCACCGGUGUAUGCAGAACUGGAUCGAAGAGGCAACCGAGGCCACGUAGGCCAUCGACCGCGUCCACGGUGGCUGAGCCUGUGGGGGUAGGGGGUGGGGGGUUGAAGAGAUCGCCUUCUACUCUCUCUACCGCCUCCACUACGUCCAACUAUAGACCACGCUCAUCGCCCGCUGGACUGUACAGCUACACUGGAGUUCCAACUCGGCCGACGAGGUCAGCGUCAGGUCUGUCAGUGACGCGCGUGACGGACCCAGUGGGGGGCGGCUCGGGUAUGGCAGUGGGGGGGAGCGAGUACUCCCGCCGGCGAGCUGCCUCCGCCCCCACCACGCCUGCCUUGUCUCCUGCAUCCUCCCCACCUGGCUCUCCUCACAGACCACCACACAGGUCUCGAGCUCUACAACGGUGUUCGUAGCACACGCCGAGCCAGUCUCAACGUCCGCCCGCUCGGCGCUUGUCGCGCUCAACGUCCACCCGCUACACCAUUAGUUGAGUCCCAUUGACUCCGAACAUUGUAAACUUGUGUUCAGAGUAAACAAAUCGCCUUGGCUUGGAGUGAUAGCGGUGAUAAGUCACAGGACAUAGCAUCUGUUUAAGAUUUAAGCUAUACUUCGCGCCACGAAAUGUCCCGAACGCGGCGCUAAAUGGUGCUUAUUGUCAUUUGUGUAAGGCGCUGUCAAUUUUAGUUCAGUUUUAACCGCGGGACUUCUUUCGUGGUGCGGAGUCUAUGACCAAACCAACGCGUCUGCGGUGACGUGACGUACCCGCGGCGAUCCUCCGUGCGAGUUUGUCCAUUCGAUUGCCUAAAAGUAAACUUGAAUUUUAUAGAAUUCUAACAGCGCCAUCUAGUAACGAAUUGUGUUAUCUCUUUUUUUCAAGUUAAUUUUUACGCCAUCUAGUUCUAGCGAGACAAAAUAAAAUUCGCGAGUAGAUUCAGGCGCUGUUUCAAUGCCAUAUUAGUUGUAUUUCACCUUUUCACGAUUCUAAACGUAUAGAAACUCCUACUCACCACUCGGAUAUUGUAAUGUACGAAAUCAGGGACACGAAAACGCUUUGCCAUAAGUUAAUUAAAAUAUAAAAACUUGUAACGAUAUUUUUAAAACUCGACAGUGUGAGUUUCGAACACGUCUCUAACUCUCUUUAACUAAACUUUAGAUGUCUCUCUUUCUAGCACGAUACUAUAGAAUCUAUAGUAAAAAUGUGAAAUUCGAGACUCAAAAACAUCAUCAUAUUAUUAACAGAAUAGCGUUGCUGGUCGCCGAUCGAUCACAGCGACACCGCGAACACGAGCAGUACGCCGUGGUUUGGUCGAUUUAUCUUUACUCUCAUUAUAGCUUAAAGUCCCAUAUGUUACAGACUGUGGCAAGUGAGUGGGCCCAAAAUGGCGGUCAUAAGUGUAGGUAGGUAUAAUUAAAAACAAAAGUGUUAUACAUGCUCUGUGGUAGCCUGGAUUUAAGAUGUCAAAUAACUGAAAAUUUCGUACGCUUUAUUGUAAUGGUAUCAACGUGCUGCUAUGGUUACGCGUACUAAAAUAGCAUGCAAACUAUAUAUACUACAUACGUUUCGGGACAUCGUGCGUUAAGCUGAGCAAUACAAUACUUUAGAUGUCAGCGGUAACGUCAUUUAGAUUGCAUCCGACUAUACCUCUUACCGCACGUCACUAAUGCCCGAAAAUAGGUGUCUACUGAUGUACUGUAACUGUACGCGCUUCUUUCGAACGCAUGCAAAUGUUUUGAUUAGUGUAAACCAAAAAUUAUUUACAUAACGCGGCGUUAUUUAAGCUAUCUAAAUUUCUUACUUGAUUUAUCUUUAGCGCUAUUGUGUAACGAUACUUUUAUAACUAUACAAUGUGAGUAUUAUAAUAGCUCUCUCUCUCUCCCUCUCUCUCUCUCUCUCUCUCUCUCUCUCUCUCUCUCUCUCUCUAAAGUAUCGUGUUAGAAAGAGACGAAAUUAGAGACUCACACUGUCGACUUGUAAAAACAUCGUUCCAAAAAUGUUACUGGUCAAGAGACGACCUAUACAAGUAUAAAGAAUAACUUUAAUAACAAUAACAGUAUUUUGAGUCGGUCCGAUGAAUGCACAAGUCAUAUUUUUUAAUCAACUAAAGAUUCAUAUUUAUUUGCUAUGACUUAAGUGCCACGUAAAAGCCGGUAGCUCCACGCACUUUCGAUCGUUUAUAAUAAAUUGUUUACGAGUUAGGCGCGUCCUUCGCGUCCACAGAGUGAAAGCGAAGGGCUGUGAGCUGUGAGGGACGCAAUAGUGAAUGUAUGUCCAUAAAUCGAGUUACACUUACCUAAUUAUAAGGAUAUGAGCAUUUAUGCACAUUAGCAGCAAUCGUUGUUGCAAAUCAUAAAAAAAGUUUGUAUUCUGAGACUUUGUAUUUAGACAAACAGACUUAAGAGUUUGUUUUCAGAUGGUGUUGCUUGGGGUGACUGUCAUUCGACCAUCACAUUUAUGUGUGAGUGAUCAUUCCAAGAAUGAGUAGCUAACUGACAAGAUCGCGUUUUAUUUACAAAAUAAAGAAAAAAACGUGUGUGUGUGCACACGACUGAAGUAAAACUUCUUUCAAAAAUUAAACACUAAAACGCCAUCUAUGAUCCUCAGGCAUAACUUCAUCGCAACAGGUUCGUGGACAAAAUAGAUUGUUUCAAAGAUCUCUAAGAACGACAACUACUGGUAGAUUAAAAUAACUAACGCUGUUUUAUUAUGCCUGUAGAUGGCAGCACGCAUCGUUGGAUUACAAUUUUCGUAAUGAAUUCACCAGUUUUCACUCCAAGUCAAACGUGCGCAAAGAAGUUUUACUCCAAAAACACAGUGAGAGAUAAUCCUACUCGUAAGCUAAAUGGAUAAACGACAAGUACAUAAGAAUUGUAGUAAUAUUUGUAGGUGUUACAAUUAUUCCGAUGUCAUAGCGAUUUAUGUAAGCGAAUGCUGUGAUAAUUGUUUGAAUAAAAUGAAGCUAUUAAAAAUUUUAAGAUGACUACUAUGCAGGUCCACUACAGAUUGGUAGCGUAAAAGUUUAUAAAUUAAUAAUUAAUAUUAUAAAUGCGUAAGUAAGUUUGCUGAUGAAAAAUACAUAUGUACAAGUAUGAUUCCACAUUUCUGCUCACGUAAAGCCCGCUCUUGGAUAGCUAUAAUACUGCACGAACCUACCAAACCAACGUCCGCAUAUGAUACAUGUCUCUUCUCGAUCGCAUAAAAGUAAACUUGAAUUAAUACGUCAAUGAUAAAUGCCAUCUAGUGUACUAAUGGAUAGUAUUUUGUCAUGCUAUUAGAUGGCGUUAAAGUUCCUAAACAUGAAUUUAAAUGGAAUUGCAUCAUAAAAAAAAUAGAAAUCUCAAUUCGUGAUUAGAUGGGGAAGUUUACUUUUACGCAAUCGAUUAUCGAAUAGACACACUCACGCGUCGCAUUCGACAUACUGAAGUAGAAAUCACUGUCGAAAAGAAAUUACUCGACACGGAAAAUAGAAGAUAAAAGCUUAUAUUUUAUUUAUAAGGUUAACCUGUUACGACUAAAGCGUUUGAGGCUAAAAUAAAAAGUUAUUAAGGAUAUUUGCCGUCUGGCUGGAUCAGACUAUUUCAUAGAAAUAUAAAGUUUUUAUAAUGUCGCAAUAUGUGAGAUGGGUCUAUUUACAAUCACCUACCUAAUCUUACUUUGCUGUUUGUUUUUGACGACUUCUCCUGUUACUUUGUGGCCUUAGGCCAACGACAUAUUUCGUGAAGAGAAAAUAAUUAGUUAUUAUCGACCCAUAAUCGCGGAGUUUAAAUAUCUCUCAUGAAGUAACUUAAGAGAGAGAUGUUUUGAUUAAGCCGCUAUUGGUCGACAUUUUUGUCUUUGUCUCGUCAAGGGAUAGGUAUGUCGUUGGCGCAUACUAGUCUUACUAGAUAGAUAAAAUUUCCAAUGAUUGAAUUCGGGCCAAUUCAAAAAUUUCAAAAUCGCUAGUAUUCCGAUAAUAUGCAAUAUUAUUUAUAUAUAGAAACUAGUCAGUUAUGUUUUUAUUCUUUUACAAACCCUUGACUACAAUCUCACCUAAUGGUUAGUGAUGAUGCAAUCUAAGAUGGAAGCGAGCUAACUUGUUAGGAGUAGAAUGAAAAUACACACCCCUUUUGGUUUCUACACAUCGUAUACCGGAACGCUAAAUCGCUUUACGGUACGUCUUGGCUGGUAUGGUGGUAACUAGCCACGGCCGAAGUCUCCCACCAGCCAGACCUGGACAAAUUAAGAAAACCUCAAUCGGCCCAAUCGGGGAUCGAACGUAGGACCUCCGUCUUGUAAGUCUACCGCGUCCGCCAUGUCGAACCACACAAUAGGUAUGCAUUGGCACUAUUAAUGCGCAGUAGGCCUACAUCAACAAUAGCGCUCUUUCUUAGAGACAAAUUAGAGCGACGUUGCAUUUUGUUGUUAUUUUGUACAAUUUAUUUGUAUGGUGCUUACCCUAGUUGAAAAGCUUGUGCACGCCACUGUCGCUGGUGUCAAUUUAAGACCAUUUACGACAUUCAGGUACACCCUCGGCAUUGCUUGUUUUCGGUCAUCAUGGUCGUUGGUGUAGCUACAUUGGGCGGCAUUAGGUACCACUUACCAUUACCAUUAGAGAAUAUCGCAGUCAAUUGCUAAUAUAAAAAAGUUUAAAACCUAUUUCAAAUUGUUUCUUAGUUACCCACUAGCUACUAAAAAUUCAAAUCAUUCAAAUUUCUCUACUUAUCUCUUCUACACUUACUAAUAUAAAAAAUAAUUAUGUUGUUUAGUAGGUAUAUACUUAUAUGUAUUAUAAAUCGAAAAUAUAUAGUAGAUAUAAACUAAAAGGCCUUCGGUUUUUAAGUUCUACAAGUUUUGUUGAACUUGUGAAAAUACCUAUUUUUAAAUACAUAUAUCUAUUACCACUACAGUAGCGAAGGAUUUAAUUUUGACGAAGGCAAGCCGCUGAAGGUAAAGAAAAGGAAAUUCAUGCCGCUUGAUACAAACUCCAGUUUCUUAUAAAUCCAUACAUAUUUAGUACCUACAAUAUUUAUGUAUGGAUUUUUAAAAGGCAAUCCGGCGGGAAUAGGCCUGUAUGGACUCUUCGCCGCUGUUUACACGCUUAGGUACUGUUUUUUAGGUUAUCCCUGUCAAAUGUCAAUUGAUUCUGAGUAGUUAUUUACUCCCUCCUUUCCUGUAACGCUAUUUUGAAAAAAAAAUUGUGUAACUCGACAGUACGUACUUCGAAUUCGUCUCUAUCUCUGUCUAUGGUAUCGUGUUAGACAAAGAGGUAUAAAGACGACUUCGAAACUCACUCUGUCGAGUUUUAAAAAUCUUGUGACCCGUCUUAUUUAUGGUUUGUUUUUAAUUAAAAGAACAUGAAAUAGUAAUGUUAAAUACUUGUAUUUUUUAUGUAAGUAAAGUGCGACAUAAAAGAGUAGAAGUUAAUAAAAAUUUAACUAAGAAAAUCGCUCUAUGGCAACACCACAUAUACUGUCAUUAUCACAAAGGUCUGUCAUUAUAGAGCAACCGAUUGUUAUUAGUAGUUUUAACAGAUUAUUAUUAAAAUCAUAGUGAAGAUUCGGAUAGUUACCAUACGACUUACUAUAAAUAUCAUUUAUUUAGACGAGAUUUACUUUCUUUUAAAUUUAACAGCGCCCUCAUUUAUUUUCUAUUCUACUCUUUUGUAUCGCACUACACUUAUUUGUAAAAAUGACGAAGUAAACACCUACCGCUACUACCUACAGAUAGACAGACAGAAUGUAUGUAUCAAGCUACUUACUUGGCUUUUAAGGAAUAAGUGCUAGUUAUUUAAAAGAAAUUUGAAUUUAAAAUAUAGUUAGCCAAAUUUCGAGUCGAGAGAUGUCGUGUAGAAACCGAAAGGGGUGUGGAUUUUCAUCCUCCUCCUAACAAGUUAGCCCGCUUCCAUCUUAGACUGCUUCAUCACUUAGCACCAGGUGAGAUUGUAGUCAAGGGCCAACUUGUAAAGAAUAAAAAUAAAAUAAAAUAAAAAGAGUCCGCUCUGAAUACGAAACGUAUAGCUGCGCAGUGCACUAUGCAUAGGUACCGGGUUAUAAUAUCUGGAAAGUUUAACGUUUCAGAGCAGUCUAGAAGCUUGGCGCAUAGUACACCUAUUUUUUUUCAAGAUUACAGAUUUCUAUAGCUGAAUUAUGCACCAAUUAGUUUCUAAUCUUUUGUAAUCUUUUGAUUUCUUACACAACGUGCCUAUACCUACAUUUCUAUCUCCAUACUUAUUAUAUUUAGAUUUUAUUGUAGGUUGUGCUAUCAUUAUAAUAUGGCACUAAGUGCAACUAUUGCUAAAUUACCUGUACCUAUUUAUGUACUUUCUAAAGAUUUGCUCAAUUUUUCAUUUAUUUCGUGUAUUAUGAUUGGUCGGCAGACAGGCAAAGAUUUCUAUGUAGAAAUAAAUAUAUAAGUAAGUAUAAUAUAAUAAAUACCUAUCCAUAAAUUUCUAUCCCACUCAGUAGUUCUAACAAGCGACCAAAAAGGUACCUAAUCCCGUAAAGAGAAAUGGACAAAUUUCAACCAAUGGCGGUGCAACCGGAAAUACCGCUAUCUCUUACAUUGCGUUGGGACGAAAGAGAUGGGACUGGGAUUACUCCUCCGCCAUUACCUAUAAGACAUUUUGCCUAUUUCUCUUCACUUGGUCACUUGGUUAGCACUACUGAACACGAGUGUGGCUACGCAGCGCAGUGUACAAAAUCAUAUCUCCCCACUUAUAUAUUUAUCUAUAAAUAAUCUUAUCUAUAAGCAGUUCGGCACCGCAACUUCAGAACGGACAAGACGUUUGAUGCAUACUGUACCUUUUACCUAUCACUUUUGAGGGUUUUUAUAUUACUCACUUAUUCCUACGUCUACGUUCUACUGUCAGUCCGUGAGUUCAGUGAAUCAUAACCGAGGAAUAAAAUAUUUAUUCAUGACCAAGUACGUUUAUGAAUUGAAAUCAAUUUUUUAUACAUGAUCAAAACUUUGUUUAGGUAUAGGUACCUUUUACGAUAUUCAUGGUAAGUCGGACAAAAUUAUGAACGUAGCAAAAAAUCAGGAGGACUUUUCUAUAACGACGCAUUUAUCACUUAGACAGUGUGAGCUUUGAACUCUUAUACUAUAUCGCCCUCUUUUUAUAGUAUCGUGUUAGACAGAGAGGUAUAGGGAAUUCGAAGCUCGCACUUGCGAGUUGAACGAAACAUCGUUACUACAACUAUGAAAUUGAAGAUUGUUGUAUAUUUUAUAUAAAAAAAGUACAACAUAAAAGUCGAUUUAUGCAGAAUAUUUAAAGAUAAAUAUUUAUAAUGGUAUUAUAUUUGAUCAAUUAUAUUUUAUUUGUAAAUGAUAUUUAAUUGAUAUUUAAAAUCAACUGGUGACUUAGUAGAUUAAUUUUCAGUGAGCAUAUUUUUUUAUUAACGGACGCACUAAGUUGUUUUGGAAGGAACAGCGUCCAUAAUUCACUUCACAAUUUUGUAGGACUGGACGUGGUCUCGAAAUGAAUACGUACCUACUUAAGCAAAGUUCAUGUCAAGUGGGCUAUCUGGUCAUAGAAUAAUAAAAAAAACAUAGAAAUUUUUGCUGGUAAACUAUUGUCUACAAAUUAAAUUUACGGUGAUUGCCAAUGCAAUUGUCUUUUUCAUAACUUUUUCAAACUCUUAACUUAUACUAUAACUAAAUACUUACCUAUCUAGUAAAAAUAUGUUGUGAAUUUUUGCAUAUCUCUUUUUCUCACUCUCUCACUAGGGCUUAGCCGGGUAGAAAUUGUGAUUUAGAUGCCUUUAGUACGUUGGCGAAGUACCUAUUUAUAGUGUUACAUUAAACUAUUUCGAUGCCGGUUUUUGUAAAAUAGUUAUCUAUGCCACUGUCGCGUAAUAAGGUCUACUGUAGCGCGAGCGAUUGUUGUGCAAAGAGACGAACCCGAAUUGCACAACACACAGCACGAGUGUUAGAGUGGCUAAUUACGUGCAGUGGCAUGCAAUACUUUUUCUACGACCAUUGUAAAAGCUCAGAAUACAGAAAACACCAGAAGUUGUGAUCGCGCAUAGAAAUGAAGCCGUUGAAACUACUCUUUUUUGGCGUAAUUUCACGAACAAGCGAUUAGUCACUGUGUGUAUGCCGUUUUGUGUGUCGUAUCUACUAUAGGACACAAUGCGUGCUUUGUAAUGACGGCUGAACGUGGCUUCUGAUGUUUUCUGUAUUCUGAGAUUAAAAGAAUUAACAAAACUUGGUAAAUAACUUUUAAAUAAUUAUUGGCGUUAGGUAAGUAUGGCCUCGAUUUUGUAUCGGCGUAACCUCCUGGAUUAUUAAUCUCGGCGUGGCCUCCUACAUUUUGUCUCUUUUAUGAAAGCCUGAAUAUAGCCAAUGCCAUGGAACUACCUACUUUAAAAUUUAAAAAAAAAUCAUUGUAACACGGUUUACCCGUGAGGUAAUGACCAUUACCAAACGACCUGUAAUAAUGAAUAGCUUUGUGAUAUGGUUUGAGGUUUUCUAUAGAGUUGAUUAACAAAUGGGAGUAGAAAAAGAAUAUUUCAGUUCACUGUAGCAUCACAAAAUAAAAGGUUAAUAAUACAUAUAUUCUAAGUAACGUAUUCGUUGGACUAUUGGUUAUGUGUCAGUGCUUUGGAUCUCAAGGUUCUGGGUACGAAUCCUGUGGCGAUAACGUGCGUUAAUCUCUUGAAGGAUUUAAGGUGCCUACACAAAAUUCAACCAAUGGCACUGUAACCGGAAAUACUGCUAUCUCUUUCAUUGCGUUGGUACGAAAGAGAUGGGACUGGGACAACUCCGCCAUUAGACGAAAUUUUGCCUUUUUAUUCUUGUCACUGGUCGCAUCUAGCACCUCUAGGCCGGGCUAUGAAAUAGGUCCUACUGACAUUUUCUUUCUUCUAAUAAUGGUAAGAGGGGCCGUUGAAGUAUUACGUAAGCAGAUUUUUACAUUUACCCCCGCACCCCCCUUGUCAGUAAAAAUUAGCAAAGGUCUUAACCUACCUUAUUUAAAACCCUUUAAGAUGACAUACCUGUAAAGAUGUUUUUGUAACUCGACAGAGUGAUUUUCGAAUUUGCCUCUAUUUCUUUCUAUCUAUAGUAUGGUGUUAGAUAAAUACAUAUAGAGUUGACUUCGAGGCUCUCUCUAUCGAGUGCGUUCUUUAGUAGCGCUACUGCAGCAUUUCUUCACACAACUAAAAUGAAGCCUCGCUCGUAUUUUUUAUUAUAAUAAUUUAUAUUGAUGAUAUUUUGUAUUUCAAUUAAUUUGUACUUCAAACGUUAUGACCUUCAAAAUAAUUUCAAUAUUAUAUUUGAAAAUACACUUAUAUAGCUUGGCAAGUUCGUGGAUGAUACUCCCAUGAUAUGCGGACGACGGGGGGAAAGACUGCGCGGGUGUGCAAUCGUGCGUGCGGGCAAGUGGGGUGCAUCAGCCGUGGGGUUUUCAUUCAUCGCUACACGCCCCCCGGCCCGCGCGGACCAUUGGGAGUGUUACGAACGAACUUGCCAUGCUAUAGGUCCCAGCAAGUAAGUUGUGCCAAAAAUGACAGAUAACUUACCUACUUAUUUUGCUCAGUAAGGGCUCAGUGAGGGUGUCACUCUUGUCGCGCUUUUUGUGUGAAGUUUUACAAAAUGGCGACCGCCGCGACGUUAGUACCAUUUUUGGCAACCGGGUCAGAAAAGUUUGUUGCACUAUACCUACUCGUAGAACAAAGAUGAAGUUUGACCAGUAAAAGAUCCAUCAGAAAUGACAAUAUUUUCAGACGAGUUUAACGAGAAAUAUUUCUGUCCAUUUUUGUAAUAAGUAUAACGAAUCCAUUCGAAUGCAUAAAACAUUAUUGUUAUUACACGGUUACAUAUUUUUUUUAUGUUGAACAGUCGCACUUUACAUGUCGAGAAACCAAUUUUUGAGACAAUUUGCAUUUAUUAUGUACCUAAUUACCACGUACCUAUUUUGUUGUGAUAAAUACAAAUAUUAUGUUGAGCUUCAGUAUAUCACAAAUUGAAGCAAUAACAUUUACCUAUUGUAUAAUUCUAAAGAAAAAAACCAAUAAAUAUAUUGUACCUGUAAAUGUAUUUUUAAUAUAAAAUUGAAUAAU